CCCCCCCCCCCCCUCCUCCUCCGUCGGCCAGGCCACAUUCCCUGCUACCUUUCACCCGAGACAAGCCCUGAUCUGACAGCGAAGCAACGCGGACAAAACCCGGGACAUAAUGGCGUCAGGCGUGACCGUGAACGACGAGGUGAUCAGGGUGUUCAACGACAUGAAGGUGAGGAAGUCUUCGACCCAGGACGAGGUGAAGAAGAGGAAAAAGGCGGUUCUGUUCUGUCUGAGCGACGACAAGAAGAAGAUCAUUGUGGAGGAGGGGAAGCAGAUCCUGGUGGGUGACAUUGGAGACACCGUCGACGACCCUUACGCCUGCUUUGUUAAGCUCCUCCCCCCCAACGACUGCAGAUACGGCCUGUACGACGCCACCUACGAGACCAAGGAGUCCAAGAAGGAGGACUUGGUCUUCAUCUUCUGGGCUCCAGAAGCUGCUCCACUGAAGAGUAAGAUGAUCUACGCCAGCUCCAAAGACGCCAUCAAAAAAAAGUUUACAGGUAUUAAACAUGAGUGGCAGGUGAACGGUCUGGAACAUCCAGGACCGCGCCACGCUGGCAGAGAAGCUGGGCGGUAAUGUGGUGGUGUCCUGGGAGGGGAAACCGCUGUGAUGAUCCGCAGCGAGCCGAGCGGAGUCAAGCCAACCGCCGUGCCAUCCGGACCGAAGCCCUGCCCCGUCCCCACACACCCCGCCCUGCCCCUCCCCUCUCCUCCUCCCGCUGCUUGCUCUGUCUGUAUCCACAUCCUGGAAGGACUAGCGUCUUUAGGCUCUGGUUCGAUUUGUUCUGUUCGUUUUGCUCUUUUUUUUUCCAACAUGAAGAUCUCAUCAACGUAUCAAUGCAACGCCUCCCGGUCCGUGAUCCCUCCCCCCAGAACCCAUGCCGGUCCUGUGACCCCCCAGAACCUACACUACAAACUCCAUGGUUGUCUCUCUCCAAAGCCAGAGUUUUGCCAAAAAGUCGAUGUGACGGAAGCAGCCCCGUGUGUCUGAGCUCCGCCUCUUGCUUUUUCAUCAGAGCUCCGCCUCCUGCUUUUCAUCAGACUGUAUUUAUUUGUGCUGUUGCUCAUCAGGCUGACUCAUGGUUGGACUAUGCAUGAACCAACAGGAGGACGAAGGAACCCAGCACUUUGUGUUUUGUUUGUUUGUACACUACAGCUCCACCCCCAAAUGAAUUCAACACUGUCAGUGUGUGUGUGUGUGUGUGUGUGUUUAAUUACCUCAGCUCUCAUUCCUGUCCAUGUCCACGGACUCGCGUCACUCUGGCUGUUCGGUCGCCUUACCUUCAGUUGAAUGUAAUGUCACGCCACCUAGUUAGAGCGCACCGAUUUAGAACUGCAACACAACAGGAAGUAGACAGACCCCGCAGUGAGAGACCACAAUACAACAACAGCAUGACAGGAAGUAGAUGGACCCCUGCAGUGAGAGAUCACAAUACAGCAACAGCAUGACAGGAAGUAGACGGACCCCCGCAGUGAGAGACAACCCCACAACGAUGACACCAAGACAAAGCGACCGCAGCAGCGCCGCCGCCACAUCCGGAGCCUUAAGUGAACGUUGUUCUGAGAUCACAGGACCACUUUCAAUAAAAGCCUGUGGCACAUCUGA